AUGUUCAUGGGUUUCGGCAACACAGCAUACAAAAAUGGACACUUAAAAGAAGAACUUAUUGCAGAGUACUUGAAACUCGCUGAUCAUUUUGUUUUCUCGCCUGGUGGUGAUAACAGAAACAACUAUGCUAACGUUGAAGAAAUUGUCAAUCAUGCAGUGGAAAAGGGGGUCGAUGCUGUCUGGGCAGGAUGGGGUCAUGCUUCGGAAAACCCGGAGUUGCCGAAGCAAUUAGCAGCUCGAGGGAUUGUCUUUAUUGGACCGCCCUGUAGUGCAAUGUUUUCACUGGGUGAUAAAAUUGCUUCGACCAUCAUUGCGCAGGUUUGUUCUGGGACAUAG